AUGAAUUUCUUUAGAGAAUUAGUCUCUGGAUAAAAAGUUAGAUUUAUCAAUGGACAAUAUAACUUAGAUCUCACCUACAUUACCAAUCGGGUUAUUGCAAUGUCAUUUCCAGCCUCUGGAUUUGAAAGCACCUUUAGAAACAACAUUGAUGAUGUAGUCAAAUUUUUGUAAGAACAUCAUGGGGACAAAUAUAUGCUGUAUAACUUGAGUAAUAGGAAGUACAAUUAUGAGAAGUUUGGAGAGAACAGAAUUCUUGAGUUUGCAUGGGAAGAUCAUCAUUCACCUCCAAUCGACAUGCUUUUCGAUGUGUGCAAGAAAGUGGAUUAGUUUCUGAAUGAAGACAUCAAUCAUGUGGCAAUCAUCCACUGUUAAGCUGGAAAAGGGAGGACAGGGACAUUGAUUUGUUGUUACAUGUUAUACAGUGGCAGAGCUAGUAAUCCAGACGAAGCAAGACUCUACUAUUCCAAGAAGAGAUUCAACAAGGCAAAAUCUGGAGUGACUUAACCCUCUUAAAUCAGAUACAUAGAAUACUUUAACCAGAUCUUCAAGUCACCAGAUUAUUGUGCUUAAUUAAAAAGGUUAUCAGCAAUCACAUUUGUUGGACCCUCUCCGAAGAUGUCUGGAAAUACAAGCAAACCUUAUGUAGAUAUAUACACAGUGAAGGAUAUGAGGAAAAUAUACAGUGGAUUAUCUGAGGCAUAAAUGAAGAAUUACGAAUACAAAGGGAAUGAAUUAGUAUUAUAGUUGAACCCUGUGAUUUAUGGAGAUAUUCUAAUCAAAUUUUACCAUUAUGGUAGUUUGAGAUAGAAGUUCAUGUUUAGAUUGGCAUUCAAUACAUGCAUGAUAGACGAAUCUAACCAAUUGUUAUUUUACUUACAAAAUUUGGAUCCAGAUUCAACCUUCAAGAACAAGAAGUUUAGUAAGGAAUUCUAAGUGAGAUUGUAAUUUCAGGACGUUUGUGAAGUGUGUAAUCAGAGGUAACAAUUUCAAUAGAAAUGUUAAAAUUGUCAACAGGAGAUGCAAUCAGAAUUUAAUUCUUGGAGUUUAGUGUAUUAAAUAAUGAAUGAAUAUCCUAAGUACAAAUUGAUCCAGAGUAAGAUUUUGUUGUUUGGAGAUCCUCAAGAUGAUGAUUUUCAUGAGACAAUAGCAAAGUUAUAAAGUGGAGAUCAAGUGGAAUCGGAUGAUGAUUCAGAGAGUGAUCAAGAUAGUGAUGGGGAAUAGAAGGAAUAACGAUUAUAGCAAUAGUGA